UUGCCUCGUGGCGAUGCCAAGUUAGCCUCGGAUUUCUGCGAUUCCGGCUACCAGGAGUUGCGCAGUCCUAUAGCGUCAUCUUGUACAACCCUGCUCGACCUCGGCACUCGACCAGGCCAAAGUGUAAUCACUUUUGAGAGCUUGCAGGCGACCAAUCUGGAAGAGAAACCAUCUAAAGAUUUGGCGAGUUCUGCGGUUACUCCGGCAAUGAAUAGCAGCACUCUGUUCUCUGACCAGGAUCUGGUUUACCCCAGAGUCUACAGUCAAGAUCGACCUCGGGAUGCCUCUUGCCAAAAUGGCUUUUACCGACAAGUUGACCCGACUCAAACAGAAGCUAGAUCCCCUGACCAAAGUGCAUUGCCUCUUUCGCUGGCCAGACCCCAAUUGCAGCCGCAACAGGAGGUAUGGGAGUCCUUUAAACAUGUUGGUCCUGAAAUAGGAGAUGAUAAUAGAGGGCAGGAUAGUGAACAAGAUCGAGAUCGCAGUCGAAACCGGGAUCAGACGCCAACAAUGGACCAGUUACAGCGUUCCCCACCAGCCUUGGUACCAAGAUCUCCGAUCGCUGGUAGCCAUCACCUGUCAGGACAGGAGGAAUUGCGAGAGUUUUCAGCGUCUGCCUCAGUUUGGAAAAAUCAGCGCAUUGGUGAGACGAAUGGCUCAAGAAGCCGGAUCGAGGAACCAGAAGAAACGAGAAUAGGGACAAGCAGCCAAAUUCAGGCAUCAUUCCCUCUAUAA